AUGCCGAAGGACAGGACAGAGGAGAAGCGAGCCAUGGCGAAGAUGUGCGAUUGGAUGUACGUCACCGACCCCAGGUUCAUGGGUCGAAACGGGCCCACCACCGUCCGCCUGGAUAUCAUGCAGCAAGAUAAGCAGAGGACAUCGUGCCAACAGAUACCCCUCCUAAAAGUCAGGGUUGACAAGGCCGGCUUCACGUCGGAGGCCGAGCUGAAGCCCCCCCUGCCGGGCGGCCACCCCCACCACGAACCCGGCAGCCCGCGCACCGCGGUCGCCUGCUCUUCGUCCUCGGCCAAGCUGAAGAAGAAGAGGCCCCUGUGCCGCUUCUGGAAGCUCGGCGUUCCCUCCUCUGCCUCCUCGCGGAGCCGCCUCGUCGCCCUGCUGGUCGGCAUCGCCACUCUAGUCCUAGUCGCCGUCGUCGCGUCGCUCGUCUACACACUGUACACAAGGUCCAAGGUGGAUGUUAGGAAAGAAGAAAUACGGCAAGACCCGGAAGCUGGAAGCUGGGCCGUGGAGGUGACGUUCCGGGUCACCAAUCGCAACUACUCUCCGGAUCUGGUGGAUCACUCCAGCAGGGUCUUCAAGUCACUCGCCUCCGAAGUGGCGCGAGCGCUAGACGAGCUAUUCUACUUAGGACCCUUAUCACAAGACUACAACAUGACGCAAGUGAUAGAAUUCAGUGCGAGUGACAGCAGCAGCAUCGGCGUCAGCUGUCGCAUCGUGCUCAACCAACCGCUGACGAACGCGGCGCACCACGUGGGCCUGGCGUUCAUCCAGGUGCUCGAACAAGGACACGGAAUCCUUCCCGCGGGAAACCUCCGCGUCGACAUCCGAUCCUUGCACUUCACGAACGUGAAGCCUGGCGCAGUUCCUCCUCCAGCCAUGGUGACGCAUGGGCCAUCCUACUUUGACGCUGCCUGGUCCCCGUGGUCUCCGUGGAGCGACUGCGCGGGCCACGACGGCCAGUGCAACCCGAACCGGCUGCGGUCGCGGCGCCGCGAGUGCCGCUCGCAUUACGGCCGCGGCAGCCUGUUGCCCGACAACCUGGCCUGCCUGGAACAGGGAGGCAAGGAAGUCGAGUUCAAAAGCUGCCUCUGCCCGACCAGGGCGCCGCCACCCACGACCACGACGGACGCCGCCACCUCGGAGGACGACGACGACGACGAGGGCGACUCGGAGAGCGAGAACGCGACCGCGGCGCCACCGUCCACGACGCGCGAGAAGGCGACGGCGGACACGGCUUCGCAGCCAUCGAUGCCCGAUGACUGGAGGCCGUGCCACCAGUGCCAGCCGGGCGAGAUAUGCUUCAUGAAUGGCGAGGAGACCAAACCGCAUUGCGUGACACCUAAGGACCCCAACGACCCCCGGGGAUGUGGCGGAUGGUGCUCGGGACCCAACGAGCUCUGCCAACGGCUCGACAACAACACCGUGCAUUGCAUCGACGAUUCAGAGUGCCUCCACGACGAGUGGCGCUGCAAGAACGGCCUGUGCAUACCCGAACAACGUCGCUGCGAUGGGCACUUCAACUGCUACGACAUGACAGACGAGUACAACUGCGAAUGUGGAAGUGAUGGAUUUCACUGUAGUAACAACACCUCGUGCCUGCCACUCGAUCGCCGCUGUAAUGGAUUUGUUGACUGCUGGGAUGGAAGCGACGAGGCCAAUUGCACAGCUCUCUGUCCCGCCUCUCAGCACACCUGUAACAGUGGCCAGUGUAUCCCGAUGGACAACUUCUGCGACAGCUACCGAGACUGCGACGAUGGGUCGGACGAGCCGCCCGGCUGCGAUUCCCCGUGCCUGGCACAUCAGCGCCAGUGCCAGAAUGGCCGCUGCGUGCCGGGCACCGUGUGGUGCGACGGCUUCGACUCUUGUGGCGACGGCAGCGACGAAGCCAACUGUGGAAGCGCGGCACCUUCUCGAGACCGCAGCUCUGUCGUUCCGGCGCUCCCGCCUGGUCAUUUGCUUGGCAGGCUACUAUCCAACAAGCACAGGAAGGCAGUGCACCCACAGACACCGGUGGCCAGAAGUCGAAGGUGAUAGGGACGCGGUUACAUCAACAAUGGACAGUGCAACUGCAAGCUGUGGUGCACAUGGGAACAGUUUGUGAACUAAUCAGUGGGAACAAAUACAAGAAGAGUCCUUCUUCAGCAUCCAUUGUGCUUCAGCGGGUCGAUUGCAAGGUGCUUGUGCGAUGUUAGUGCAGAAAGGCAGGAAGCUUUGAACUUCAAGUACCAUCUGCGAACUUGGGAAUCGAGCCACAAAACCAGACGACGCAGCAUAGAACAAGAGCAGAUGCACAUUGGUGUGCUGGCAUUUGUCCCGGGAACAAAGACGGCGGCUUCACAAUAGCCUGCCGCUCAUUCUGUGACUCUUUGUAUCGCUGGUCACGGGGGUCCUUGUACAGUGCUUUAGCGAACCUAAACAAACAAGGAGUCAGUUUAGCUUUUACGACUUUCGCUUGUGCACUUUUGUGUGUAAAAUAUGUAUACGAGUCAAGUGAAAUCUCCAUGGUAAUUUGUACUUACCACUGCCCGAUGGAAGAAACGGAUGUGAUGUCAAACAAUGCGCAAUAUUCGUCUGCAGUUUCCUAGAGCCUCAAGGCACUAGUUCAAUAUUGUUGCUUUAACGGAGACUUGCCUUAGCCUCCCCUUGAACAUCACAGCUGUUGGGCACUCUCGUUUGCUGUUAGCUAUGAAGUUGAUGUUCCUUUUACCAUUGUACAGAGCACAUUACCUGAUAUAUAUAUAAUAUACACCAGGCACUUGUCCUGGAAGUGAUGAGCCCGUGACCAGCCUUGUGGUGUAAAUAUUCUGCAUUCCAGUCAUCAUCUGUGAAGCUUCUACUCGCCGCGUGAGGAGGAGAGGAGACAUGUGCGUCACAUUAGGAACCGAUGUUUUACCUUGUGAAAAAGACCUCACCUCCAAGUGCUGCCUGAAUAUAAAGUUAACUACUUCACGAAGUCUUGUGUGAGUGAUGCCAGGUCGCAUCUGCGAGCAGUGUGCGACUAUGGUAGAUUGUCUCUUGAUACAUGGACAAUGCUCACGGACAAGUGGCAGUUUUCACGCAACCGUGUCCCAAAUCUGUUCAGCUGUGAGCGGGUGCACUGUUUGGACACAUUGUGUGCUAGUGUGUGUUACGAACUGUGUACAGGUGUUGGACUAAUUAUUUAAGAAGACGAGAAACACUUCUAUGGCAUUAUGUACUACCAAGGCUCCUAAGGAGCUGCCUUCAGCAACAGCUUAUAGAAAGUGGUUUUUUGUUUACCAUGUUUAGAGAGCCUGCCACCUUAAUGUAUGUUUGUUCAGAAGUCUGUCCAUUGUUCACGAUUCCUCUUGUAGCAUAAAAAGGCUUGUGUUCCAAAACUAGAUGCCAUCAUGGAGCUUGAUCACUUACGUUUCACUACUGAAACAUUCCACAUUUUAAUUUUGAUUUCGCCUAUCAUCAAGCUCAAGAGGUUUGAGCUGACAUAAAAUUAGGUUAACUGCUUCAGUAGAUCUUUUUUUUUUCACUUGUGCUGCCACUUUUCUACCGUUCAAUGUGGUCACAUUAUAGCACGUGCAGCCUACCUUAACGUCACAGCACAGUAAAACUCGAGCACUGCUCUGUCAGCUGCUACUAGUAUGCUAGUCAAGUUUUUCAGCGGGCAGAGUUUGAUUCACAAACCUGUUUAGGACACCUUGUUACACAUUUCCGUUUGCAAAGUCUGUCACAGCUGAAUUUGGUGCUAAUGGAUCUAGAUUGUGAAAUGCUGAAAGCUUAAAGCCAAGCAAUGUUUGACGUACCUUUGAAGCCGAGGUGGGGGAUACCAAAUUAUGCUGGUUGUUUUGCCUUGACACAAACAAAAUUGUGCUUUGCACUUAACAGGAUCAAUAAUAGACCCAAGUGAUACAGCACGGGUGAUGCAGGCAAACAUAUUCUCAUUGCAUAAGCAAUUGUGAAUGUAACAGAUGUACACCACUAAAAUUCGAUAGUCAACAUUUUGAGCAUUAAGUCUUUAGUGCAGAUUGGCUAAGGGUGUCAGAAGUACCCUUAAGACAGUAGUUUAAAUAAUUAUCUGCAGACACAUAUUGGAGCAUUCUAUAUCGGCACAACGCUUUGCACACUGAAUAUGUGUAUGUGUUAUGUAUAGUAGUUGAUGCAUUACACUGAAGCACUCGCACAUAGUUGAAGCCAGGUUAUUACAUUCUAAAAGCACAGUAGCUGAAAAGACCGUGAUGCGUCCGUCCCUUGGUGCCGCUUGGCUUUGCAGCUGUUGCGUUGGAAGCACGAUUCCUUUUUCAAGGGAAACGAGUCUUGUUCUACAAUGUAGUUCACGUUGGAGUUUUAGGGUUUGUAGCGAAAAAAAAAAAAAAGGUUCCUAUGCAAGAGUGCUUGAGAAACUUUUUUUUUUGCCACACACACACACACAGAUGUACUGAGAUCCCUCUCUGCCUCGAGUUUCAAAUCCCGGAAAAAUUUUUUUGUUUGUGCAGUGUUGUUGCCAUGUUGCUGAAGAUGAUGCUGAGAGAGUUAAUUUAUUUUUUAUUGUAUCUCCCUGUCAGCCACUAUGGUGUAAUAAAUGCUAUAAUGAACCCGAA